AUGUCUGUGCACUGCUCGGAUACGGAAAUUAUCUUAGCUCCUCAGGCGACCGCAAACUACUCAAAAAGUCAUCAGCAGAUUCAACAAAAUGGGACUGCCGAGAUCAGAAUAAAGAAAGGGAAAACGUGGACCCAUCAGCUCAGAUUCCAUACGACUGCGCACGCUGACCGGGCUAAAAAAUAUCCUCCUCACGCGACCGCAAACGUCACAAAAAAAUCAGCAGAGUUAAUUACGAUUGAAAGUUGUCUACAAGAACAAAUAACUCCAAGGCACACGUCACGGGAC